GAGCUGCCAGCUCGCUCGCCUGCCUGGCCGGCCGGCCGCCUUCCUCCGCGGCGCGCACGGGCGGCUCGCGCGCGCGGCGACUGCGGGGCGCGCUCCCGCCUCGGCCGGGUCCCCACCCGCAGCCCGCCCGCCUGCCAGCCCGCCCGCCCGCCGGCCCAGGUGAGUGCGCGGCCCGUGCCCCGCGCUCGCACCGCCGGUAGCUAGCGGGCGGCGGCUUUGUCUGGCUCCCUCGCGCCCGGGAGCGGGUCAGUCAUUCAUUUGACAUUCUGCUCCCGAAGCGCCCGCGGACCGGCAGCGGGCGCCGGACGCGCCUGCUGAUUCGGUGAUUUCCCCAGGAGCUGGGACUUGGGGGCUCCUGUGAGCAUCACUCGGAAGGAGAGGAGGAGAAGGAGGAGGAGGAGGAGGCUUCGUUUGCUUUCUCUUUGGAAUGUGUGGGACACCGUCACUGGCACAGUUAUUUCUUUUCGAGUUGGGAGUCUUUGGAGUCAGCACAGAGAGCUCGCGAAUAGAGUUAAAGAAAAGGGUUCAGUCAAUAAUAAACUUGGAAAAGGACAGCGUCGGUGAUCGUGUGGACAGAGGUGAACGAGAGGCAAACUUCACCGCGGCCUUUAGCCUUUGUGGAUAAGAUUUCUGCUUUGCUCUUCUUGAGUCAUGCAAACUCGGAAUUCUUCAUUGUAGGAAACCAACCUCAGAGAGGCAGACAGGAUGGCUAGCUCCGCCCGGGAGCAUCUGCUUUUCGUGCGGCGUCGAAAUCCACAGAUGCGGUACACACUGAGCCCAGAGAACCUCCAGAGCCUUGCAGCCCAGAGCUCCAUGCCCGAGAACAUGGCCCUGCAGCGAGCCAACAGCGACACGGACCUGGUGACUUCCGAGAGCCGUUCCAGCCUGACUGCCAGCAUGUAUGAAUACACCCUGGGGCAAGCCCAAAACCUCAUUAUCUUCUGGGACAUUAAGGAAGAGGUAGACCCCAGCGACUGGAUUGGACUCUAUCACAUAGAUGAGAAUUCUCCAGCCAACUUCUGGGAUUCUAAAAACAGGGGUGUGACUGGAACCCAAAAGGGACAGAUCGUAUGGAGAAUUGAGCCUGGACCCUACUUCAUGGAACCGGAGAUCAAAAUCUGUUUCAAGUACUACCAUGGCAUUAGUGGAGCCCUGCGGGCCACAACCCCCUGUAUUACUGUGAAGAAUCCAGCUGUGAUGAUGGGAGCUGAAGGCAUGGAAGGAGGUGCUUCUGGAAGUCUGCAUUCUCGGAAACUCGUCAGCUUCACAUUGUCAGAUCUCAGGGCAGUUGGGCUCAAGAAAGGGAUGUUCUUCAAUCCUGACCCUUAUCUUAAGAUGUCCAUUCAGCCAGGGAAGAAGAGCAGUUUCCCUAUGUGUGCCCACCACGGCCAGGAGAGAAGGUCCACUAUCAUCAGCAACACCACCAAUCCCAUUUGGCACAGAGAGAAAUACUCCUUCUUUGCACUUUUAACUGAUGUCUUAGAAAUCGAAAUUAAAGACAAAUUUGCCAAGAGCCGCCCUAUCAUCAAGCGUUUCCUGGGGAAGCUAACCAUUCCGGUGCAGAGGCUGCUGGAGCGGCAAGCCAUCGGUGAUCAAAUGCUCAGCUAUAACCUCGGCAGAAGGCUCCCAGCUGACCACGUGAGUGGCUACCUCCAGUUUAAAGUAGAAGUCACAUCUUCUGUCCACGAAGAUGCAUCUCCAGAAGCUGUUAGCACCAUUCUUGGAGUCAGCACUGUUAACGGAGACCUAGGCAGCCCUUCCGAUGACGAGGAUAUGCCGGGGAGCCAUCAUGACGGCACUGUUUGCGCUAACGGGCCAGUGUCUGAGGACAGCGCUGCUGAUGGGACCCCCAAGCACUCUUUCAGGACUAGCUCUACUCUGGAGAUUGACACAGAGGACCUAAUCUCUACUUCCUCAAGAACCUCACCUCCCAGAGGCCGCCAGGAUUCACUCAAUGAUUACUUAGAUGCUAUUGAACACAAUGGCCCCUCCAGGCCAGGGGCAGCCACCCCCUCUGAGCGGUCCCUGGGAGCCUCUCCCAAACUGAGGAGUAGUUUUCCCACUGACACAAGACUCAACGCGAUGCUUCAUAUAGACUCGGAUGAAGAAGACCACGAGUUCCAGCAAGACCUCGGCUACCCGUCUUCCUUGGAGGAGGAAGGAGGCCUGAUCAUGUUCAGCAGGGCAUCCAGAAGUGAUGCUGGGAGCCUGGCAUCUCAGACCAAGCCAGAGGACGACAACCCCGUUGAAAAUGAGGAUGCCUCUGUGCAUGAAGCUGCUCCCUUAGAGGAGAGGCCAGAGAACCUUCCAGAGGUUGCAGACAGCUCCUUGCCCUCAAGUGCAGCCCCUGAUGACAACGAAGCCAGCCUGGAGCCCCAUCCCAGUGCUGACCAGGGCAGCACCGAAUUGUCAGGCUCUCAAGAGGCCGAUCAGCCCACAAGUGGCGCAGACACAGGAGCCUCUGACACAUCUGGAGGGAGCCGCAGAGCUGCCAGUGAGACCGAGUCCCUGGACCAGGGAUCUGAACCUUCCCAGGUGUCCUCUGAGACAGAACCCAGUGACCCUGCCAGGACAGAGAGUGUGAGUGAGGCCAGCACCAGGCCGGAGGGAGAGAGUGACCUGGAAGGUGCUGACAGCUCAUGCAAUGACAGCGUCACCACACAGCUGUCCUCGGUGGAGACACGGUGCUCAUCUCUGGAGAGUGCUCGAUAUCCAGAAACCCCAGCAUUUUCUUCCCAAGAAGAAGAAGAUGGGGCCUGUGCAGCUGAGCCCACCAGCAGCGGCCCUACAGAGGGGUCGGGCCCUACAGAGGGGUCGCAGGAGUCCAUUUGCGCUCCAGGCUCCUUACCUACUGUGCAGGUGCCCAGUAGGGAAGAGGAAGGGCCAGGGGCUGACGUUGCUGCUGCAUCUGAGCAGGGGGAGCUGGGGGAGGUCUGGCAGAGGAGGGGGAGUCUGGAGGGAGCUGCUGCUGCUCCUGCUGCUGACACUGAGAGCCAGCCCCAGGAAGAUGGGGAUGCUGGGGAAACCCAAGGUGCCUGCGAAGGGGCCACUGCCCAGGAGGAGGGCGCCACUGGAGGUUCCCAAGCCAAUGGCCACCAGCCGUUGCGGUCGCUACCUUCAGUGCGGCAAGACGUCAGCCGGUACCAGAGGGUGGACGAGGCUCUCCCACCAAACUGGGAGGCACGCAUCGACAGCCACGGCAGGAUCUUCUACGUGGAUCACGUAAACAGAACCACGACGUGGCAGCGGCCGACAGCUCCCCCUGCCCCACAGGUCCUGCAGAGAUCUAAUUCCAUACAGCAAAUGGAGCAGCUGAACCGGCGUUAUCAGAGCAUCCGCAGAACCAUGACUAGCCAGAGGCCCGAGGAAAAUGCCAGUGCUGUGGACGGGGCAGGGGAGGAAGCCGACUUCCACCAAGCCAGCGCAGAUUUCCGCCGGGAGAACGUCCUGCCUCACUCUACCUCCAGAUCCAGGCUCACGCUGCUGUUACAGUCGCCUCCUGUGAAGUUCCUCAUCAGCCCAGAGUUCUUCACUGUGCUGCAUUCUAACCCUAGUGCCUACCGCAUGUUUACAAACAACACGUGUCUGAAGCACAUGAUCACCAAAGUCCGGCGGGACACCCACCACUUUGAACGCUAUCAGCAUAACAGGGACCUCGUGGGAUUCCUCAACAUGUUUGCGAACAAACAGCUGGAGCUCCCGAGGGGCUGGGAGAUGAAACAUGAUCAUCAGGGCAAGGCAUUUUUCGUCGACCACAACUCCCGAACCACCACUUUCAUUGACCCUCGGCUCCCGCUCCAGAGCAGUAGACCCACGAGCGCGCUGGUUCAUCGGCAACACCUGACCAGGCAGCGCAGCCACAGUGCCGGGGAGGCAGGAGAAGACUCCCGGCGUGCAGGACCACCAGUUCUUCCCAGACCGUCCAGUACAUUCAAUGCAGUCAGUAGGCCACAGUACCAGGACAUGGUUCCAGUCGCCUACAAUGACAAAAUCGUUGCAUUUUUGCGUCAACCCAACAUCUUUGAAAUUCUCCAAGAGCGUCAACCUGAUCUUACUAGAAACCACUCACUCAGGGAGAAGAUACAAUUUAUCCGAACUGAAGGGACCCCUGGAUUGGUGCGGCUUUCAAGUGAUGCAGACCUUGUCAUGUUGCUGAGCUUAUUUGAGGAAGAGAUAAUGUCAUAUGUGCCUCCACAUGCCUUACUCCACCCCAGCUACUGUCAGUCCCCACGAAGUUCCCCAGUGUCAUCUCCCCAGAACUCACCAGGUACUCAGCGUGCCAAUGCCCGGGCGCCGGCCCCUUACAAGAGAGAUUUUGAAGCCAAACUAAGGAACUUUUACAGGAAGUUGGAAACUAAAGGAUAUGGACAGGGCCCAGGGAAAUUAAAGUUAAUUAUCCGAAGGGACCACUUGCUGGAAGAUGCUUUCAAUCAGAUUAUGGGCUACUCCAGAAAAGACCUGCAGAGGAAUAAACUGUAUGUCACCUUCGUCGGGGAAGAAGGGUUGGAUUACAGUGGGCCUUCCAGAGAGUUCUUCUUCCUGGUAUCCAGAGAGCUCUUUAACCCCUAUUAUGGCUUAUUUGAAUAUUCAGCCAACGAUACAUACACAGUACAAAUAAGUCCUAUGUCUGCUUUUGUAGACAAUCACCACGAAUGGUUCCGGUUCAGUGGGAGGAUCCUCGGGCUUGCACUAAUACACCAGUAUUUAUUGGACGCCUUCUUCACGCGACCCUUCUAUAAGGCUCUUCUCAGAAUCCUCUGCGACCUGAGCGAUCUAGAGUACCUUGAUGAGGAGUUCCACCAAAGCCUUCAGUGGAUGAAAGACAAUGACAUCCAUGACAUCCUGGACCUCACGUUCACUGUGAACGAAGAAGUUUUUGGACAGAUCACCGAACGAGAGUUAAAACCAGGGGGAGCCAAUAUUCCGGUCACAGAGAAGAACAAGAAGGAGUACAUAGAGAGGAUGGUGAAGUGGAGGAUCGAGAGGGGUGUGGUGCAGCAGACGGAGAGCCUAGUCCGAGGUUUCUAUGAGGUAGUCGAUGCCAGGCUAGUGUCUGUCUUCGACGCACGGGAACUGGAGCUGGUCAUCGCUGGCACAGCUGAAAUAGACCUCAAUGACUGGAGGAACAACACUGAAUAUAGAGGCGGGUACCAUGACAAUCACAUCGUGAUUCGGUGGUUCUGGGCUGCUGUAGAACGAUUUAACAAUGAACAGCGACUGAGGUUGUUGCAGUUCGUUACAGGCACAUCCAGCAUUCCCUAUGAAGGAUUUGCUUCUCUCCGAGGGAGUAAUGGCCCAAGAAGGUUCUGUGUGGAGAAAUGGGGAAAAAUCACCGCUCUUCCCAGAGCCCACACUUGUUUUAACCGCCUGGAUCUUCCUCCAUACCCUUCCUUUUCCAUGCUCUAUGAGAAGCUCUUGACAGCCGUUGAAGAGACCAGUACCUUUGGCCUUGAGUGACCUGGGAAUGUGCGUGAUGCUCAGCUCUUCAUGGACAGGCAGUUUCAGAAGCCGGCCUUCAGAAGAGUGACAGAGCAUUGGAAAUCCCAAGCCUCGGGUUCCAUUAGAACAAACUGAGUGCUGCUCUUCAGGGACACAUGCUCGUUCGUGUGGGGGGGGAGGGGACUGGCUGUUGAGUCCUCUGGCAAGGAUUGGGGUGAGCUCGGUGCCCAUGGAACAACCCAACAGUCUUUCAGUCAACAGUUCCUGACUGCCAAACCUUUCCCAUUUGUUGUGUUUCAAGAUAAAGGGGAACCUGCACAUGAUCAACUCCAUGGUGACUGUUAGGGCCUUGGGAGAAUCUUGAAACUCUCCUGUAAACAUACUUCAUGCCAAACUGGCAGCACUUGACCCAAUCUCUAAAUUAGUGCAAGUGAGAGAAUAUCAUAAAAACAUAUGUAUUUCCUGAAAGUACCUUUGUUUAAGCCCUACGUUAUAGCAGAACGUUCAUUUCUUGCUUACGAGUGCCUGCAUGGUGCGCACUAUAGGUUUCAACAUUCACCGGACAAGAGUGAAAAUGAGACCAAGUCAGUAUGAGGCAACGUUAAAGAUUUGCAAUAAGGUGGUCUGUAACAAUGUAUAUGCAAGUGGUAUGUGUGUAAUUCUGGCUGAAGACAAAACUGUUACUCAACGAAUUAACUAAUGACAGAUUUUAUGCUUUAUAAUGCAUGGAAACAACUUUAAAAUAACUAGCAGUUAAUCACAGCAUAUCAGGAAAAUGUACACAGUGAGUUCUGUUUAUUUUUUUUAUAGGUUCAUUCUAUUUCUGUUCUUGAAAAUGUAUAUAAGGACCUACCUACCUACCAUGUUGUAUGUACCACCUCUCCAUUUCAUGUUCCAUGCUUACUUGGGCAUCUUGCUAGUAUGUAUCCUUUUAAGCACGCUCAAGGGAACUAAAGGGCCUUUUAUUUUUAGAAAGGUUAAAACAAUUCCCCCAGAAUAUUUUGCACUGAACGUACCAAAGUCGAAGGGACACUACAGUAUGGCUAACAGCAGCUCAUCACUUGAUGGGUACAGUAGAGUAGCUUCUAAAUCAGACUUCCUUCACAGUGCCAUGUCAACAGCUGCAAGGACUGUGCAUCUAAGUAAUAACUUUUUAAGACUCACAAUAUGUGAUAGUAUGAUAUGCAUUUAUUUAAAAUGCAUUAGAUUCUCUUCCAUCCAUCAAAUACUUUACAGGAUGGUAUUUAUUACAGAUAUUUCGUAUUGCCCCACUGCUUUUUAUUUGUACAGCAUCAUCGAACACCCAGCUUGGUUAGGGAGCCUUCAGCAGUGCCGGAGAGAUCAGCUCUCUUGGUAAUAAGAAUUCCACUUCCCCUCAUCGGUGAAGAUGCCAUGAACUGAAACUCUCAGUACUAUAUUUCUAAGCCUGCAUUUUCACUGAUGCAUACUGUUUCUUAUUAAUAUCAAGAAAACAUUUUUCUAUGGUCUCUCAGAAACUGCAUGACAUCCCUGACAAGACUUCUUAAUUUGAUGGAAGGAUUUCCUUCAUUUUAAUUGCUUUGGGGACUGUCCCAUGGCAUUGUUUGUUUCUUGAUUUGUGACAUAACUGAUCAGACAUGCAAUCCAGCAAAGUGGAAUUGAGGGUGGGAAGCCAUUGGGUUAACAUUCAGUUUGCCAGUCGGGGGCGGGGUUACAGGCAUUACCUGAACAUUGCUUUGAGAAUCUUGUUUGUAAGUGUCAUGGACUUUCUGUUGUGGGAUGGGGGUGACUUUACAUUUCAUGGGGUUCCGUGCACAGUCUGCAGAGGUGUUUUGUAAGAACAGUUACUCUCCUACUAGUUAAUCUGUGUUUACUGUUGGGACCCUCAACAGGAAUGGCACCUCAUGUUGUGUUACUGUGUUAAAGAUAAGUACUGGAUGUGGGGAAAUGUUCCAGGAGGAAAAAAAAUUAUAGAAACCUGGAAAAGAUAUAUAGAAUAUUUAUUUGUAUACCAUAAUUGGUCCAGAAAAAAAACAGAAUGACUAAAACUUUUUGACUGGAAUUAUUAGUUUGUACUUAUUUGCCAUGAAUACAAGUAUAUAUUUAAUUUUUGCAAACUUCUUUUCCCUUGUUUGUGUUUUUUCAUCAUAAGGAAAACAGCACAUUAACAUACCUUUAGAAUCACACUUGGAUGCAUCUGAGCAGUCCUAAUGGCUGUCACAGGGCUUGUCAAGAGAAAGCUGCCUUUCUUUCAGAAAUACAUUGAUAGACCGUGUUAAUGUUCAUUUGGUUUAAGAAGCUUUGCCGCCCACAGUAUGCCACAUUGCUAGCAGAAGAUAUAUGAAACAAAUUGCACCUCUUUAUUUCUAAUUAAUGUUAGUAAUGCUAUUGUUGUUGACACUAAGGCAGCCAACUUCUCGAAUAACCAUUUUGAAUGUAUUCGGGCAUUCUUAAAGUAGUACAAUUUAGUCUAGUUGGCACUGUUCUGAGAAUUGGGAAUUAUCAAAAUUGUAGCUAGCAUAUCAGAAAACCAGAUAACCUAUCUGUUAUUCUUCAUGGGUAAAACAAAAAUCACACAAUAAUAGCUCUAUAAAAGUUAAACAACACUUCCACAGAAUAAAUUAGAUGUUAUUAUACUCCCCAAUUAGAAAUAUUCAUAAAUAUGUUCUUCUGGACUGUGAACCCCAAUAACUUGGCUCUUUGGUUUUGUUUUAAGCGAUUUAUAAGUAAUGCUACUCACCAUGUAAAAGACAAUUUCGAUACCCCAUGUAUGUAUGAUACCCCAUCUUUCAGAGCACAGGCAUACUGUUGGCAUUCUCUCACUGCUGGUCACUGCAUUUAAUGAUGGAGCUACAAGAUUCUGAAUCUGGCCUUCAGAAAGAUGCUCAUAGUCUGCUAGAGGGGGCAUCAAGUUUCCAAAACAAUUGUAAAUAAAAGACAAAGUUCUACAGUUAAUGAAGAGAGACUAUCCUAUUCCGCUCCAGAGGCUUGGUUACAGCUUCAUGUAUGUGAAACUGUGUAGGUAAAAGACAUCAUCGUAUAUGUGCUAUUUCUCUUGGUAACUACCAGGGUGUCAUAGAAUAUCAAUGCUGGUAAGUCUUGAGACCCAAAGUGCAUUCAUACAAUGAGGAUUUAAAAUCUGUAGGUGGGGGCUGAGCUGUGAAGCAGCAAGUCAAGGAUCUUCAAAUGAUCCAAGAAAUGCCAAAAUGAAGUCUGAAUAUUUCCUCCAGUCCCUGCGCUACACAUACGUCCCAUUUUCAGUGUAAAAUAUUGCAGUCCCUAAGCCCAAACUACAUUCAGGAUCACAACAUUUUUCUUGUGCACAAAAUGAAUGGAUGUCACAGUUUUCUAUUAUAUGUUGUAUUUAUACCUUAAUGGUCAAAAAGACACAAUUGAACUAGAGAAGGGAUACAGUUUGCAGAAUCAAAGUUCAGCUCCUCCAGACAUUCUCAUUAGAUUAAACUCUAGUCUUCAUGACUAAGGUCUGUUCACAGCCACCAUGAUGAAAAGGCCCUAAAGGGUGACUGUAGAUAAGUUUGCACAGUGCCUGCAAGUGCAUUCUCUUUUGAUUCAGUUUGAAUCAUACAACAUACCUAUCAACCAUGUACCCAGUACUUGGUUAGGGAGAAAUAGCAAGCUCCCCCCCCUCUCACCUUCUACCCCACUCCCCCGGGGAUCCGGCUGGCUUUGUGAGUGAGUCACUGGUGAAAUGGGUCUUCAGACUUUGUUGUUACGAUCCUGGUUUCAUCUCAAGAAAUAGGAAGGUUAAUGUUUGUACUCAUGUACUCGACUUUCCCAAACUCUCGCUUUCUUAAACACACUUCAAAUGUGGUACUCCUGCAAAGACCUCGGAGAAAGGAGUGUGUUUGUGGAAAAGGCUCUUGGCAGAUGCAGUGUUUACAUUUUCUGCCUGUGGGAGGAACAAAUCUGAUUGUGUGUGGUGGCUUUGCACAGCACGGGAGUUUGGCUUCCUUGGGAUGAUGGAGAAGCAAGAGAAAAGGCACCAACCCGAGGCCUGGCUUCCAUUACUAAUUUUUGAUAAACCCGAGUCUUCAGAGGCCUGGCUGCUGAAUCCCGGUGACUUGGAGGAAGGGACCACCCAAAGUUCUGUUUUUGUUCCUGUCUUCCUGAUAUUGGUUCAAAUG